UCGACUUCAACCCUCCGUCGUCGUUUUCAGUCAACUUCUAACCCCUAGAAAAAGUGCACCAAAAGCAAAAAGCGAAACUGGGAACAAAAAAAAUUAAUUUAAAAAACCCUUUGCUAGAUUGCCACGUACUCAGCCUUAUCCGUUUCACGACUCCCCAUAUACCAUCUCCGUUAAAACUUCCUGGCUUCCACUCUCUCUUCCCUCUCUCUCUAAUCCAUGGCGACACCAUUUACAGCAUUCCGGCCGUCCCCAAUCCUCUGCUCCUCCGCCUCCUCCAACCGCCGCAAACCGCCGUCCGCCUCCUCUUCCGCUAACUGGUGGACCCUACUCUUCGGCUGGCCCACCGAUCCCGACUACAUCACCAGCAAUAACAAGGAACCGGUGGAGCGAACCCCUCGCUCGUCCGACUCGGAUCCGGGCCGGGCCGGGCCCCGGUUCGGGGUGGGUUGCUUCACCGAAGAGAAGGCGAGGGAGCUGCGGCGGAAGACGGCGGAGAUAACCACGUUCCACGACGUCAUGUACCACUCGGCGAUUGCGUCUCGGCUCGCUUCCGGUACGACGUCGGAGAAUUAAGUUAUUUAUUAGGCGAGGCCGGAGAUCCGGUAAAGCCGCUCGCCGGUGGUAUUAUUUCCGGCGAGUUAUGGUUUGGGCUCGGAUCUGGUGUUGUGGCGUUUCCUUUGAAAUCUGUAGACUUGAAAGUUUGGUUUUUUUUUGUGUGUGUGUGUGUGUUCUGUUUUUAGUCAAUUGUCGUCUUUGAGUUCUUUUCGUUUUGUGUUUUAGUUUAUCCACCCUCUGAUCUUUGAUUGUAGGUGGUGGUUUAUCCAUGUAUACUCCAUAUAAAUGCUGCUUCGUG